ACCCCGGGCCAAAGCUCCCUAAGCAGCACAGCUCUGGACAGAUUCCACUUGAUGUCCGCCAAAAGUUCCGAGGCCUCCCGGUCCAGCCGGUCCGCGUAAGGCAGCAGCCCGUUGUAGAGCAGCUCCCGCUGAGGGACCAGCACGGGCCGACACGCCGUCGAGUGGGCACCACCUACGGUCAUAUCUGACUGCUUGCCGCCUAAAGAAGCCCGGAGAGAAGAUGGGGCUGAUUAUGUGCUGUCAUGGAAGUGCUUUGCCAGACGCUGGAGGUGAGGGCGACGCUAGCAAACCAGGAGAAGACAUUGUGACAGGGCGCUUUAAACGUGAGGAGGGAUGAGUUGGCUGACCGUGCUCCUGUGUGCAGCAGCUGCAGGUGUGUGCGGCGCAGGGCUCGCCAACGUGACAUCAGCAGUGUGUCGUCACUCGUGUGAAGACGCGGUGCAGAUGUUCGCCGAGAUCCAUGACAUGCGUCUCAUCACCGGGAACCUUCUAGAAGAUCUGGACAGAGUGUUGAAAGAAAACGAAGAGAUGCGCAUAACUUUGGCCAGACUUGGCGGAAUCGGCGGCGAAAACCAGCUCGGCAGAGACGGCGAGAUGUUGUGCGUGCAGGACGGACGGGUGUACGAGCACGGCGAGGACUGGGACGUGGACGGCUGCACAUCCUGCGCCUGUCAGUACGGAAGGGUGCUGUGUCAUCAAGCGUCCUGUUCUCCCGUGGCCUGCAUCAACCCGACCUUCGAGGAGGGCGAGUGCUGCCCCGCCUGCCUCAACCAAACGGACGGGUGGUCGAUGUGGUCCGAGUGGACCGAGUGCUCGGCGACCUGCGGGCGUGGAGGGAAGCGACGAGGCCGAUCGUGCGACGGCGACGCGGGGUCCUGCCCUGGGGCGUCGGUUCAAACCCGCGGCUGCACGCUGAUCAAGUGCGCGGGCGACGCGCACGCUGAUGGGAGCUGGGGGCCGUGGUCGCCUUGGUCUCCGUGCACCGCCACGUGCGGACUGGGCGACGUCACGCGGGUCCGACUGUGCGACGACGCGCCGCUGCGGAAGGGAGGCGGAGGGUGCCGGGGCAUCGCCACGGAGACGCAACCUUGCAACAAUGCACUCUGCCCAGUUGCAGGAGGCUGGGCGGACUGGUCGGAAUGGGGUCCGUGCUCCAAGUCGUGCGGGGGAGGCCUCUUGAGUCGGGAGAGGACGUGUUCCAACCCUGCACCCCAGUAUGGCGGUAGGCUAUGCGCUGGAGACGCUACGGACUACCAAGCGUGCAGCAAACAACCAUGCCCUUUAGACCCGUGUUUGCAGUCGCGACCGUGCUUCCCCGGCGUGGCGUGCUCCUCGCCAAGUGACGGCUCCUGGCAAUGCGGGCGGUGUCCGCUGGGCUCCCACGGCAACGGCACUCACUGCGAAGACGAAGACGAGUGUGAGGUGGCGGGCGUGUGCGUUACCGAGUGUGUGAACACAGACCCUGGCUUCUUCUGCCUCCCGUGUCCUCAUCGCUACAAAGGCAACCAGCCCUUCGGCCUCGGGACGAAGGAGGCUCAAAGGAACCGUCAGGUGUGCGAGCCGCACAACCCGUGCAGAGACAACACACACACCUGCCACAAGCAUGCAGACUGUGCGUACCUGGGCUUGGCGUCCGAGGUCCUGUACAAGUGUGUGUGCGCGGUCGGCUUUGCGGGCGACGGUUUUCUCUGCGGUGAAGACGGCGAUCUGGACGGCUGGCCCAACCACAGGCUGACCUGCAAAAGGAACGCCACGUAUCACUGUCGAAUGGAUAACUGUCCCGCGGUGCCAAACUCGGGACAGGAGGACCUGGACAAGGAUGGGCGAGGCGACGCCUGCGAUCCCGACGACGACAAUGAUGACAUCGUUGAUGAACAAGACAACUGCCCGCUGGUGUACAACCCUCGACAGUUCGAUUCAGACCGGGAUGGCGUCGGGGAUCGCUGUGACAACUGUCCCUUUGAGAGCAACUCGCUGCAGACGGAUACCGAUGGCGACGGCGAGGGGGACGCCUGCAGUAUUGACAUCGACGGAGACGAGGUUCCGAAUGAUCGUGACAACUGUCCAUAUGUCUACAACACCGGGCAGAGAGACACCGACUUAGAUGGUGUGGGGGACCAGUGUGACAACUGUCCCCUUUUGCACAACCCACAGCAGCUGGACUCUGACAGCGACCUGGUUGGCGACAUGUGUGACGACAACCAGGACGUUGAUGAGGACGGCCACCAGAACUCUGUGGACAACUGUCCCUACGUGGCCAACAGCAACCAGGCCGAUCACGACCAGGACGGUAAAGGGGACGCCUGCGACCACGACGACGACAACGACGGCGUCCCCGACGACAGGGACAACUGCAGGCUGGUGGCCAAUGAGAAGCAGUCGGACACUGACGGCGACGGCAGCGGAGACGCCUGCUUUGAUGACUUCGACAACGACAGCAUUCCAGACGCGCUGGAUCCCUGUCCUCUCAACCAAGACAUCAAAUCCACGGACUUUCGGAAGUUUCAGGUGGUUCUGUUGGACCCUAAAGGCACCGCCCAGUCCGAGCCGCUGUGGGUGAUCCGUAGUCAGGGCACCGAGCUGCUGCAGACCACCAACUCUGACCCGGGCAUCGCUUUAGGAUAUGACAAGUUCAACGCGGUGGACUUCAGCGUGACCUUUUACGUGAACACCAACCGAGAUGACGACUACGCCGGCAUCGUCUUUGGCUACCAGUCCAGUCGACGCUUCUACGUGGUCAUGUGGAAGCAGGUGUCGCAGGCCUACUGGGAAAAGAGACCAUCCAAAGCUUUCGGGACAGCGGGGGUCUCCAUUAAACUAGUCAACUCCACCACAGGGCCGGGAGAAUAUCUGCGCAAUGCUCUGUGGCACACCGGCAACACCCGCAACCAGGUGCGAACAUUGUGGCACGACCCCAACAAAACGGGCUGGAAGGACUUCACCGCCUACCGCAUGCACCUCAUCCACAGACCCAAGACGGGCUUCAUCAGGGUGGUGGUCUACGAGGGGAGAGAGAUCCUGGCGGAUUCGGGCGCCGUGUACGACCACACCUUGGCCGGGGGCCGACUGGGGCUUUUCGUCUUCUCUCAGGAACACGUCCUAUUCUCCGACCUCAGAUACGAGUGCAGAGAUAACUGAAAAGGUUGCGGGGGCGGGGCGGCGCUCGAGUGCCGUCUGAGACCAUCUAGACCAGGUGUGUCAAACUGGUUUUCAUUGAGGGCCACGUCGCAGUUAUGGUUGCCCUCAGAGGGCUGCUUUUAAGAGUGAAUAAUAUACAGUAGGAAUAUAAAACGUGUAUAAUUGUCUUUUUUACGUACGCUGUACAAAACCAACUCUUUAGAUUGUACUGUAGAAAACUGGCAGCUCAGUCGCCACAAUUUUACCGUAAUAUUUGCAGUUGUUUUUUUUUUACAGCAUAUAAAAUAAAAAAAAUACAUGGAAUUAAAUUAAAUUGAAUGGAAAAACGGUACCACUGUUUUUUUUACGUAAAAAUUAGAGAUGUCCGAUAAAUGCUUUAAAAUGUAAUAUCGGAAAUUAUCAUUUUUUUUAUUAUCGGUGUUUUUAUUUUAUUUUUUUAUUAAAUCAACAUAAAAACACAAGAUACACUUACAAUUAGUGCACCAACCCAAAAAACCUCCCUCCCCCAUUUACACUCAUUCACACAAAAGGGUUGUUUCUUUCUGUUAUUAAUAUUCUGCUUCCUACAUUAUAUAUCAAUAUAUAUCAAUACAGUCUGAAGGGAUACAGUCCGUAAGCACACAUGAUUGUGCGUGCUGCUGCUCCACUAAUAACAGUUAAUUUGACUCAUUUUCAUUAAUUACUUGUUUCUAUAUAACUGUUUUUGUAUUGUUCUUUCUUUUUUAUUCAAGAAAAAGUUUUUAAUUUAUUUAUCUUAUUUUAUACAUUUUUUAAAAAAAAGGACCUUAUCUUUACCAGACCUGGUUGUCUAAAUUAAGCAUAAUAAUGUGUUAAUUCCACAACUGUAUAUAGCGGUAUCGGUUGAUAUCGGUGUCGGUAAUUAAGAGUUGGCCAAUAUCGGAAUAUCGGCAAAAAAGCCAUUAUCGGACAUCCCUACUAAACAUUUUUUUUAUACUUUAAAAUGUACGGUUGUUGUGUUUUAUAGUGUAUUGUUACUUUAUAUUAAAAGUGGAUUUUACUGUAAAAAAAUGUUUUUACUUGCUUUGAAAUCAUAAG